AUGGGGGCGCUUGAGGAGAAGCAGGGGGGGUCUCAUUUCAUGGUCGAUCUCACCCCCCGGAAGGUCCCAGCGGGGACCAUGUCCCCCCGCUUUCUUGAAAGUCCCAAAUUUCGCAUCCCAGUCCAUCUGAAAACGGGCCUCCACACGUUGAAACACACCUUGAGUCAGGGAGACCGGUGGAGAGGGUUUGUGGAUCGGUUGCGAUUACAGGUCCUUUGCGUGUUGGUGGUUCUGGCAAUGAGCGGGGUCACAUUGUGGAUGGUCCGCGAUCGGCAGGUUUUGCUGGGGGAGUUGGUCGAGGCAAAGGAACUGCAGUUGAGCUGGGAAGCAGGGCGCCGGGGGCCAGUGUUGUGCAGAGACGUCGAGGAAUGGAAGGGGCUGGUGGACGAGUACCGGCGGCAGGUGGAGCAGCUCCAGCUACAGCUCGAGAACCAGCGGUCGCAGCUCAGGGAUGGUUUGAUAAACUUGCGGGCUAACCCAGUUCAUCGGGAGCAGGGCGGGGACCGGGCUGAGAGCGAGUUGCAGGAGCUGAGGUCGAAACCGUCGACGUGUUUCGACUCGGACUUCUACAAGGGCCAGCACGCUCACGGCCAGCACUGGUCGCACGAGGACGCGUGGCACGACUUCUUCGCGCAGGGGUACCGCGCGGGGCACGCCUUCACCUUCCACUGCUGA